AUGAAACGCGCCGUCCUCAUGCUCGCCGCUCUUGUGGCCACUCUCUUCUGCCUCUGUUGGGGCGAGAGCACUGAACAGAGUGUCUCCUCCGUCAAGCCGUCAGAUUGGAACGCUGACUUCGCGUAUGAAGUCGUCUCUCGGUACAUGCUCCACCCUUUGGAGGAGCUGCCCAUGACCUAUGGCAGCAUGACGUCUCCCGCGGAUUCCGAGACUAUCGGAACUACUCAUCAAGAUGCCUGUCCGGCGGAUGACGGCGGUCUCAACCCUCCUAGCCCCGAACAGUCCUUCAAGGACCAGGUCGACGACCUGCUCACAAUUUUGCGGGAUAUCUGGUUGUCUGUCAGACCUGCCUUCCCUGGCGCUGGGCGAAUCUUGAUCGUCAUCUCUCUCUCUUCUCCCUCUCGCAGGAACGGAUUGGCGCUGCCUGUGUUAUUGCUGGAGGCUUCGCCGCCCAUGUCCGGAUAUCUACCUACUACAACCCCGGAUGUUUGGAAGGAUUUCGAGCUCGCUCUACAGGAUAGAUCCACCAUGCGCAUCAUGAAGACCCUUUCGACGUGGUCUGCCACACCCCCUCGUUCUUGUAUCUGCACUUCCGAUUCUGGCUCAGUGAUGGCCCUUGACUAUCGCGAUGGUCGGAUGCCUCCUUUUACCGACAAGGAGAAGACUUUGCAGAAGAAGGAUAAGGCUUCACUGCAUCAUAUCAUGCGUGGCACGUGGUGCUGGAUUGGCAGCGAUUGCGGCCGUCUUGAUCUUGCUCCGGCAACACGACAUACUGGUUACAACCACACAUACGAGUCUCCCAGUCGUGAAGAUUUCGGUAUAUGGCCUAACGCCUCUUGGGGAGGUCGAAUUGUCCAAGACCGUGACAACAAAAGAAUCUUUCAUCUCUUCACAGUCCAGUUCAGUCAUGGAUGCGGUCUGAAGGGCUGGCGUCCUCAUUCUUACAUCAUCCGUGCUGAAUCGCAUAACGGGCCCCAAGGACCAUACACGUAUGCUCAAGAUGUUUCCAAGAACUUCGCACAUAAUCCAGACAUCGUUUGGAGCCCCGCCGAUAAGAAGUACCUCUUGUACAGCAUUGGUGUGGAAUAUGAUAAGAACUUCACGAAGUGCGAAAGCAUCAGCUACACCAGGUGGCCCAAUAAUAUUUCCGUCUCGGCUGCUGACAAUAUUCGUGGUACAUGGUCCCCAUUCAAGAUGAUCCUUGAUAGCGACCGGCCAUCUGGUAUUCACGCUACCAACCCCUCCGCAUUCCCUCUCUGGACACACAACAACCCAACCAGAGAAAUAGUGCUCGGGAUCAAAGACUAUUCAAUCUUCACUGCCAAAUCCUGGAAUAGCGAUUACAAACUCAUAUAUCAAGCAACAUGGAACGUUACAGAGCAAGAAAACCCAGAAUGGACCGAAGACCCAUUCAUAUGGCGCGACAGGCGAGGGAACUGGCACUCCAUAAACCAUUGGAUGAUAGAUUAUGUUGAAAACGAUAAACAGCAAUGGCCACGCGUCGGAUCCCAUCUCUUCUCGCGAAAGCUCACGGGGCCAUGGCAUUUCAAGCUCCAAGAGGCUUUCAGUUCAAAUAUCACUUUUACAGAUGGAUCGUGGCAGGUGUUCAAGAGAAGGGAGAGGCCAAAGUUGUUUUUUAGUGAUGAUGGGAAAAUGACGCCGUUGUAUUUGACUAAUGGGGUGCAAGAGAUGAAUCAGACUGGUGCGGCUUUUACACUCGUUCAGCCAAUUGGUACAAAGUGGAAGGAGUUUGAGAAGGACCUGGGUUUCUAA